CUUAUCUUUCCGCCACUUUGCUAUUAGACCCUAAACAAAAUAAUGAAUGGGAGAGUAGAAGGCAAAAGCAAGAACCUGCCGAUGGAGGAAACGCCGGCAUGGUUGGAAUUGCAAGAAGGCAUAUGGAAAAACAUAUUACAGAGGCUUGGCGUUGAAGAGAUACUAAAGACAGCACGGAAAGUUUGCUCUACAUGGAACCGAAUAUGUAAGCUACCUUCAAUGUGGCUAGUCGUUAACAUGCCCAAUGAAGGAGAAAUGGUUUACCACUUCGAAAAGAUGUGUCGACGUGCCAUUGAUCAUAGUCGAGGUGAACUUGUUGAUAUCAAUUUGCAGCACUUUGCCGAUGAUAAGUUGUUUAGUACAUUGCUCAAAGAGUUUGAAAGUUUGGAUCUCGAAAUUCCAAUUGGGAUGGAGAAAGAAUUGGGCAGGGGAUAUGGAGGUUGUGAAUUAGGUAUAUGGGUAUGUGUCAGCUUGGUUGAGGCAGUUCAAAAGUUUCCAUUGUUGGAGGAGUUGAGUCUGACUCACACUGCCAUUACAGUGGAAGGCAUUGAAGCUCUUGGACGCUAUUGCCCACGGUUGAAGUCAUUUGAAUUUAAUAAGUCAUUGUAUAUGGGAUCAGCAGGCGAUGAUUCUGAUAAUGAAGAUGAAAGAAAUGAAGAGGCUCUAGCUAUUGCUAAAAACCUGCCUACCUUGCACCACCUCCAUCUCAUUGGGAACAGUAUAACCAAUAAAGGCCUCCAAGCUAUUCUUGAUAGUUGUCUUCAUCUUGUAUCUCGACUUGCGUCUAUGCAAAUAUGUUAAUGUCAACCAAGUCUUGAGUAAGAGAAUUUCCUGGCAGAUUAAAGAUGUGAAGCACCCUCAUGACUCUCCGGAGGGUCUUGAAUUUUCAUUUGAGGCUUGUGGGGAUGAGGAUUUAUCCGAUGACAUGUCUGAUUUUGAUGAUUACUGAGGUGGCGGACUUUUUGUGUCAUCGGAUAAUGAACAGUUCUUCUGGUGUUUGCAGUUGCCCCCUCACCCCCCCGGUCUCCCUCUUGUGUUGUUAAGUAUCUCCUUGAAACUACAUUGACAACACAGGUCUGAAACAAGCUGGUCUGGAAGUUAUUUACAA